UCAAAGUUAACAUUGGCCAUGUGUAAAUGUUUCCGCAUCUACUUCAUGGCUGUUUCAUUCAGUACAAAAUUGGAUCGCUUUACUGAAAUACAUGUUUCUUCUGCGUAAGAACUCGGUCGUCAGGUUGAGUUAAGAUUUUAGGAAGUUGCAUUCUUCGUUAAUUGAUAACUUAAAGUUGAUUUUAUCCUAUGUUUUUGUUCUCAUGAUUAGCUUCCAUUUUAACUUGAUAUGCCAGUUUGCAUCCUUUAGCUUAAAGAUACUUUAAGCGAGAUAUGUUAACAUCUGGACGACUGUUAGGUGCCUUGAUUAAACCCAAACUGACGCUAGAAAGAAACGGUUUUCUAACAUCCUUUUGCACGAUGGCUGAUGGACCUAGAGAUGAACCGACAGCCAAGCUGCUGAAAAGACCCAUUGAAGAAAAUGAAGAGUGUGGUGACAAGGUGCAAGCUGCAAAAAAAUUAAAAGCAGAAGGAUAUCACACUGACGAUGAUAAGAAGUACCCCAAAAAGAAAGUGGUCCUCCUCAUGGCUUAUUCUGGAAAGGGAUACUAUGGCAUGCAGAGAAAUCCUGGAACCUCUCAGUUCAGGACCAUUGAAGAUGAUUUGGUCACUGCACUGAUCAAAUCAGGCUGCAUUCCUGAAAACCACGGGGAAGAAAUGAGGAAGAUGUCUUUCCAAAGAUGUGCUCGGACGGAUAAGGGUGUUUCUGCUGCUGGCCAAGUGGUGUCCCUAAAGCUGCGUCUGAUUGAAGACAUCACCCAAAAAAUCAAUGAACAUCUGCCUCCACAGAUCAGAAUACUAGGUCUGAAACGUGUGACACAGGGUUUCAAUUCCAAAAACAACUGUGAUGCUCGAACAUAUUCCUAUAUGCUUCCAACAGUGGCUUUUGCCCCCAAAGACUAUGACACGGGGAAUUUGACAGGCUUUCGCCUUGAGCCAGAGACUCUGAAGAGGGUGAAUCGUCUGUUUGCUCUUUACAAAGGCACCCACAACUUCCACAACUUCACCUCUCAGAAGGCUGCAAAUGACCCCAGUGCUCGCCGCUACAUCACAGAAAUGUCCUGUGGAGAGCCUUUUAUCCGCGCUGAUAGUGAGUUUGCGGUAAUCACGGUGCGAGGCCAGAGCUUUAUGAUGCACCAAAUCCGUAAAAUGAUCGGACUGGUGAUCGCAGUAGUAAAGGGCUACGUGAACGAUGAUGUGAUAGAGCGGAGCUGGGGACAGGAGAAGGUGGAUGUACCCAAAGCUCCAGGUCUUGGGCUUGUUCUUGAAAAGGUUCAUUUUGAGAGGUACAACAAAAAGUUUGGAGGAGACGGGCUACAUGAACGUCUGGAGUGGGACAGUGAGGAGGAGGCAAUCAAGGCCUUCAAGGAGGCUCACAUCCAUCCCACCAUAGUCGAGACAGAAGGUCAGGAGGGCUCAAUGGUCAGCUGGAUGUCCACACUGCCAAUCCACGACUUUGAAGCUUCAGCUACGGAUACACAGGAGAAGAAAGAAAAGGAUAAUGCAGAGAUUACGGGAAAUGAUUCAGAUUAAGUCACCCCGCCUGCUUAAAGUAUAGACCUUUUCAACAAAACAUUCUUUCUCUUUUUGAGAACCAGCUUUCAUUUCAAAUUUGACUUUAUCCUCUAAGAUUUACUUUUUUGUGGAGUUUAAUUCUGAUUUUCUUAUACGCAGUUAUGUAUAGCAUUAAUAAAAACCUCUCUGUUCCCUUUAAUACAUGGAUUUGUUUGUCAUGUUUACUUCACCUUGUAACAAAUGCAGGUCUGCUCUGUGUCCUCAGUUUCUUUAGUGCCAAAACUAAAGCUGUCUGUGUUGUAAGCCCAUCCUGUCAGGAUUUUUUUGCAUACUUUCAUUCAAAACUAAUAUACCAUUAAAAUAUUUGCUCUCUGUUUUA